CGGAAGGGGCGACGCGCCCCGCGCCCCUCACUCCCUCUGCGGCGGGGCGGCGGCCGGCCGGGGCCCGGAGCCGCGGAGCCGCGAGCAGCAGCGCGCACAGCCCCUCCGCCCGCGCCGCGGGAGCCGAGGAAUCUGAUGACUGUACCUGCUGUCCGGCGUGUCGUGUGAGCUGCAUCAUGAGUGACGGCAAAUGUGACAGCCAGUUCUACAGCGUGCAGGUGGCAGACUCCACUUUCAGUGUCCUGAAACGCUACCAGCAGUUGAAGCCCAUCGGCUCCGGGGCCCAAGGAAUUGUUUGUGCUGCCUUUGAUACAGUUCUUGGGAUAAAUGUUGCCGUCAAGAAACUAAGUCGACCUUUUCAAAACCAAACUCAUGCAAAGAGAGCUUAUCGUGAACUUGUCCUCUUAAAAUGUGUCAAUCAUAAAAAUAUAAUUAGUUUGUUAAAUGUGUUUACACCACAAAAAACUCUAGAAGAAUUUCAAGAUGUGUAUUUGGUUAUGGAAUUAAUGGAUGCUAACUUAUGUCAGGUUAUUCACAUGGAGUUGGACCACGAAAGAAUGUCCUACCUUCUCUACCAGAUGCUCUGUGGCAUUAAACAUCUGCACUCAGCCGGCAUAAUUCACAGGGACUUGAAGCCCAGCAACAUCGUGGUGAAGUCCGACUGCACGCUGAAGAUCCUCGACUUCGGCCUGGCCCGCACGGCCUGCACCAACUUCAUGAUGACCCCCUACGUGGUGACGCGGUACUACCGGGCCCCCGAGGUCAUCCUGGGGAUGGGGUACAAGGAGAACGUGGACCUGUGGUCUGUGGGGUGCAUCCUGGCGGAAAUAGUCCUUCAUAAGGUCCUGUUCCCGGGAAGAGACUACAUCGAUCAAUGGAAUAAAGUGAUCGAGCAGCUAGGAACACCGUCAGCAGAUUUCAUGAAGAAACUUCAGCCAACUGUGAGGAAUUAUGUAGAAAACAGACCAAAGUAUCCAGGAAUCAAAUUUGAAGAACUCUUUCCAGAUUGGAUAUUCCCUUCAGAGUCUGAACGAGAUAAAAUAAAAACAAGUCAGGCCAGAGAUUUGCUGUCGAAAAUGCUGGUGGUGGAUCCCGACAAGCGGAUCUCCGUGGACGAAGCGCUGCGCCACCCCUACAUUACCGUGUGGUACGAUGCUGCCGAGGCAGAGGCGCCACCACCUCAGAUUUACGAUGCGCAAUUGGAAGAAAGAGAACAUGCAAUUGAAGAAUGGAAGGAGCUCAUAUACAAAGAAGUCAUGGAUUGGGAAGAAAGAAGCAAGAACGGCGUUGUCAGAGAGCAGCCUUCAGAUGCAGCAGUAAGUAGCAACGCCACACCAUCACAGUCGUCCUCCAUCAAUGACAUCUCAUCCAUGUCCACCGAGCAGACGCUGGCCUCAGACACGGACAGCAGCCUGGACGCCUCGACGGGGCCCCUCGAAGGCUGUCGAUGAUGAGGCAGAGACAGCAGCUCCCCGUUGCUGAAGGAUUCUCACUUCCAUGGGCCCGAAACGCUGGGGAGGGGCCGGAACCAAAUAGAGAAACUCCGUGCUCUGCAUGUAAGAAACACACUGCUUUGCUCUUCUGGGUUCUGAUAGGAUUGCCUCUAGAUUACAAAACGGAGCAGAUUGUGUCUGACGAAAAACAGUACAAGCCACACAUUUAGAGAUUUUGUUCAAGGUCAUUUCAGGUGAGCAAUUAGACUAGAAUAAUUUUUUUUUAAGUCAUUUGGUAAUGAAAGUGGCAAUUUCUCACCAUCAGUAACUGCUGGGACUUAUAUGCAUGUCGUCCCACAUGCUUGCUCGGUCUUGCCCAUCUAGCACUUUGGAAACCAGUAUUUAAAUGCCAAAUAAUUUUCCAGGUAGUGCUGCUUCUAGAAUUAUCUCUUAAUCCUCUUAAGUAAUUUGGUGUCUGUCCAGAAGAAAAAUAGAUUUCUGUGUAUUAAUUGGCCACCAUCCUAUUAUCCUAUCUUACCUUCUUUGAGGGUAUCGUUUACUCUUUUAUAUGUCAGAAGAAAAGGACUAUAAUUAAUCUAUUUAAUAAAUAAAAAUUAACUUUUCUUUAAUUUGUGAUUAUGAAUCAUCACUGCUAAAACCAAGGCACGUGUGUCCAUCAGUGGACAUUUUUUUUCUCUAAAUCAUCUUAAUCUGGGAGGAUUUGUAAAUUCAGCUUAACUGCAUGAUAAAAUUUCAAGGUUUGUUCUGUGCUGCUUAAGACUUGUAUGCCUUUAAGAUCUAUCUAUCUUCUCUUAUUUCUUGGUCUUCUGGGCUUCUUAUUAACUUAGAAUAUUGCCUAGAACUUUACCUUUUUCCUUAGGCACCAAGCAUAUUCCAUCUCAGCAAUAUGACGGCAAGUAGAUUCUUGACUCCGUUACCUAAUGUUAGAGUAGAAUUGUGCAAAAUAGUCACUAACAAUUACUAAGCACCGUUUCCUAAGUGCUUAUUUUGAGCCAGAGACUGGAGUUGGCCCUUGGUUUACCUCAUUCAUUUAAGAUAAAAUGCACGAGUCGGCAAGGCAGCGUUUCUCUUUCUGAUGCGACGUUCUCACUCAAUUUUACCUCUUUUCUGAAAGAAGCCAGGUCAGAUGUGGACCCGCUUUGGUCCGUGUUAGGCAGCAAGGCUGACGUGGAGUGCCUGUCUGCUGGGGUGGUUUUCCUUCCGUGGGGUGUUUCCCGUUCCUGAGGGAAUCCACGCGUGUUCCCGGGAAACUCUUCAGAGGGUGCAGAAGCAACACCUGAAAGAGUAGGGAUAAACUGUUGGACAUUUUGUGAUUUAAACUGCUCACCUGAAAUUGAUGCUUUCAGACUUUUCAAUACGUCAGUAUGUCAAUUACAGACCCUGAGUAUUUAAAUGUCGCUGCAGAGAUGGAGUUACAGUGGUCACAUCUUGGUUUCCUGUGCUCAUAAUUUUUUUUGCCCUUGAGCUUACUUUGUUACAGACUCAUGUCUUGUGUUUAGUUGUUUGGGAAGCUAUCUGGUCAACAUUCUAUAGAGUGUGUUCUGAGGAGGAGUUUGAUAAGAAAGUUUAUUAUAAAUAUUAUCUGAACCGUAAGACUGUACCAGGUUUACCUUAUCGGUCGAUUUUGCCACUGGAAGCUGGAACCUUGAUGAACAAAAUUAAUAUUGGAAUAAGAAAUAGUUUAUAUUGUGUCAUUUAGACACAGCCUAGUUACAAAAAAAAAAAAUACUAACUUGGCUUGAGACAAAAGCAGCUGUUUUAUGGCUUGGCAUUAUUUUGGCUUUGGUGGCCUGAUUGUAUGAUUUUAAAAGACAACACUAUGCAUAUAUAAACAUCCUUGAAUGGCCUUCUCUCUAACACGUGUUCUUUGAGAAGACUUUACCUAAUUGAUCUUUAAAAGGGAAAAUGAAGACAGGGCAUUUUAACGAUUCCUUAUCUGCCCUGAAAGUGGAUGUAAACACAGCCCCUGGUCUUGUGGGCUCACCCAGGUCCCGCUCACCUGCAGGCGUUUGUAGGCGGAGCGCGGUGCCGGCAGGUGGGCGCGGGGCUCACCUGUCCCCGUGUGCCAUUCACCGAGCCCAUGGUCGCAGGUGAGGCCCCCGAGGCCAUGGGCAGGUCUCCUGCAGCAGGUGGAGGUGGGGGCACCUGGGAGGGGCCACAGGGCUGGAGAUGACAGAUCGUCGUAGAAAUACCUCACCCAGUGGCAGGAUGCCCCGUCCUGAGCUGGACUUGCCACGGUCCUGGUGCAACGCAGGUGAUUUCCGACUGUUCUCUAUGGCUAAGAGCUGACGUUGGAUAAAGAAUUGAAAAGUGAAAAAUGUGCUCGACUUUUUCAUCUUUUCUAUUUUAUUUUUGUAAUUUAUAUUGUACACAACCUUGGAAGUAACUAUUUUGCACAUGUAUUUUUAUAAACCAGGUAAUUUAUUGUUAUCCUGGAAUUUGGACUAGGUUUGUUUGGUUUAUUGGCUUAAUUUUCCGUCAGGAAGGAAAUGCCUGCCUCCUCGUGUUGGCUGUGUCGGGCGCGAGUUCCAGAGAGCAGAGCUCCAGCAGACUGUGAGAGUGCUUUAGGGACACCGGCUGCUCAAAAGGGGAGCAGGGCUCCACUCUUACCUUUGGAAUGUGAAAUUCAGAGCCCAGGUGUUGAACGGGGACUCCCGAUGCGGGGCCCCUCGCCGAUCCACAAGAUUGGCACUCGGAACGCUGAGUGGGGUUCCGGAUCAGUCGGGGUGUAGCACUGCGUAAGGCGUGCCCAGGAUGUACGUGUUCAUCCAGCUGAUUUCUAAAGUAAACUCCCUCCAGUGUUACAUGCUGGUAGCAGACAGAGGUGUGACCUCGCAGGAUGCACGUCUCACAAGUGACAUUGCCUGUGUUUUUGUAAUAAAAUAUAUUAUGUGUGUUUUGACUGGUGAAAAUAAUACAGACUACAUUUUAAAAGA